GUCGCUCCAAUGAUAUCCACAUUUUCAUAUUCAUUAUUAUUUCUGUUUUAUUCAAAACGUAGGAUUUGCUUUUCUUCUUCUUGAUCAUCAUUCACAGAGAAAAGUAUUUCUAUUUAAACUCAAAUGGAAUUAUUAUCGACUUCAAAGAUGAUUCGACUAGCUUAUAAACGGAUGUGUGUCAUUAUAAUUACCAUCGCCAUCAUUCACAGUCAAAUGCAACAUGUAUUUGGUGCACCAAUCGAUUCAUCAAAUAAUGAAUCAAUGUCGGCGGAAGAACUAAAAGAAAGGAUCAUUAAUUCACAGCUUGAAAAUAAAUGUGAAAUUGAUCAACAUCGUAAGGAUCAAUGCGAAUUAUGUGCACGUUUCCUAUCUGAUCGAAGCGUCGGCUAUCUUGGAUGUUGUACUAAUUAUGAUGGUAUCUAUAAUUUUUGUCAAGAUUUUCUCAACUAUUCUUUCGACGAUCAGCCAAAGCAUAAAUCCUCUGCAGCUAAACGGUUUCCAAAUGAAUGAUUGUUUCUUAUCUUCUCUCCAUCGUUAAUUACAUCAGUACAUCAAUAAUAAUAUUCAUCGGUGAUUAUAAUUAUCAGGACAACAUAGUGAUCAAUUUGUUGACGUUGUCACAA